AGCAUCCUGCAUUGCAUCACCCAUGCUACACGGCAUCUUAUCUUAGGCGAAACGCCACAUUGAUUCAACUGGUAGCGUUAUUUUUAUGUACCCCCGAAAUUCGCUGGUUCCCCGUUCUCCAUACCUGUUGAGGAAGGUUGGCUCGGUUUUCGACGGGAAUGUUGCAAUAGUGGUGCCAGGCACCCCCCUCGUGGCAUGUACCAUCUCUCGCGUCACCCACCCUAUGAGGCCACAAUACGCAGACCCUGAGUGGGGGCUUCUGGCGAGGUUCCCAACCUGUGCAGAAUAGGUGCAAAAUUCUAGCACCCAGGAGGGUUAUUAUUGUUGUGAUUCCACCUACGAGUGGCCAGCUUUCGCUACUUUCCCAAAGUGCUCAGUAGGCAAC